AGAAAAAACAAAACAAAGAUAAAGAUCAACUCUCCCGGCCUAUGCGCUUGCAAAUAGCACAAAGAGCCAAGCCAUUAGGUACUCUCCUACAAAAACUAACAAAUGUCCAUCUUCAACUCUAGCUAGUGCGAUGGGCACUGCCAUUUGCGCAGCAGAAAGUUGAAGAGAGAGAAAUACCGAGGGAGGAAGAGGGAGAACGAGAGGAUGGAUAGCGCGGCGACCACGAUUGUGAGUGUUGGGCAGCUAGUAGGCGAGGAGUUUUGGCUGCUUCGCACCGUCGGCGGCGAUGUGGCCGAGCUGAGGGACGAGCUGGCGACCAUGAACGCCCUCCUCCGCAUAUAUACUGAAGCCGAGGCCGGCGCCGUGGACCACUUCGUCCGGGAGUGGAUGAAGCAGCUGCGCGAGCUCGCCUAUGACGCCGAAGACUGCGUCCACCUCUACAUCUUCCGCAUCAAGUCCCGCAAAGGAGACAGCCUUCUCGCCUGGUCCAAACGCAUGGUCGCCACGCUUUUCCCUCGCCAUCUCCUCGCCGGUAAACUCAAGGACCUCCGCCUCCGCGCCAUCGCUAUCAGCGAGCGCCAUGCUCGUUACGGCGCCAUCGACCGCGAGAAACUGAGCCCCUCCGUUUCUUUAGCCCCUGUUGCGGCGGUGACCAGCCAAGCUCUCCGCCUUGCCAACCACACUGAUAAGUUAGUUGGCAUCGCGGAACAGGCCAACACUCUGGCGGAGAAGGUGAAGGCGAUGAAUAAUGACCAAGAAGACAAGUUCAAGGUGUUCUCCGUCGACGGGUUUGGAGGGCUAGGCAAAACAACGCUGGCCAAGGAGGUGUGCCGGCGGUUGGAGCCGGACUUCGACCGUCAAGCGCUAGUGUCUGUGUCGCAGGCAUUCGACGCUGGGAAGGACCUCGGCGCAUUACUGAAGCGCGUGCUUCAACAGAUGGUGAAGCCAAAAGCAGAUAAUGAGAUAGUCGUCAAGGAAGAAGACUCCUUGGGUGGUGAUCUUGACGUAUUAAGCGUGGAUCAGCUGGCCAGGAAGCUCGAUGAGCUUCUCGCCGACAAAAGGUACCUCAUAGUCAUCGAUGAUGUGUGGACAAUAGCAGCAUGGGAUGCAAUCAGGUCCACGUUGCCAGGUGGCAAGCCUGGCAGCAGAAUCAUUGUGACCACUCGGAUAAAGACCGUGGCCAAAGAAUGCAGUGAUGUUAGUGCUACCGAACACUACAUCCAUCAUAUGAAGCCACUUAAAGAUGAAGACUCCAAGAAGUUGUUUCGUAGUAGAGCAUUUGGCUCCUCAACGGAUAAGGCCUCCCAUACUAAGGAGAUGGAAAAUAAAACUCACACUGACGAGCUAGAAGAUAUAAUGACGAGAAUUCUAAAGAAGUGUGCUGGGUUACCAUUGGCCAUUGUUAGCAUCGCCAGCCUCUUGGCGAGCUACAAAUAUCCAGAGAGGAAAGAUAUGUGGGAAACUGUAUGGAAAUCAAUUGGUUCGCAAAUGGAGAGCAACCCUACCCUUGAAGGGAUGAGGCAGAUACUCACACUUAGCUACAACCACCUACCUUAUCACCUCAAGGGUUGCAUGAUGUAUCUUAGUAUUUUUCCGGAGGAUUUUGAGAUCCCUAGGGAUCGACUCUUAUACAGAUGGAUUGCAGAAGGAUUGGUUGAGGAGAAAAGGGGGUUGACUUUGUUGGAGAUUGCAGAAGGUUAUUUUGAUGACCUGUCGAGUAGGAGCAUGAUUGAUUCAGUCUUCUCCCUCAGCUACAAUGGAAGGUGGACAGCAUGUCGGGUGCAUGACAUGCUGCUUGAGGUCAUGGUGUCCAAAUCCUUGGAGGCUAACUUUAUUAGUCUGUCGGGUGGUCAAUAUGAAGGGAUGUCAUACGACAGGAUUCGUCGCCUCUCCAUACAUGCAGGAGCCAACAACGACUCAACAUCUAUGAAAGGGGGGGCAUCAGGCAGGCAUGGUAAGAGAAAUAUCAUGGAGAGGUUGGAAGUGCAGCAUGUUCGUUCACUAAGCAUUUUCGAGUUCCAAGAGAAGAAGCUGCUUGAUCGGCUAAGCCAGUUCACCCUACUGAGGGUACUUGAUCUGGAAGACUGCAAGGGCCUGGAAAAUAACCAUGUGAAGGAUAUCUGCGGAAUGUACCUCCUAAGGUUCUUGAGCAUGAAGCGUACAGAUAUCACUAUGCUGCCUGAGAAAGUGGGUGAGCUAGAGCAUUUGCAAGUGCUUGACGUGGACGGCACACUGCUUGACAAGCUACCAGAAACCAUGACAAGGCUAGAGAAGCUCGAGUAUCUGAGAUUCCGCCAUAGGACAGAGUGGGACACUAUGUGGACUCCUCCUGUAGGGCUCCGUAAAAUGAAAGCACUGCGGAAUAUUGAUUGUGUAGUUAUAAAGGAUGUUCGAGUUGCAGAAGACCUGGGUGAACUAGGAGACUUGCGUGAUGUAACUAUCUUUGUUGAAGAAUCUAGUGGAAGUACUCAGGCUAUUCUUGAUGCACUUGUCAAGUCCAUCAGCAAGCUGUACUCCCUUCGGAACCUCGGCAUUGGCCGCUUUAGGAAGAGGUCGAUCAACUUUCUCAAUGCCAUGCCAUCGCCACCGAAGCUCCUCCAAUAUCUUUACCUGGAUGGUGCCAUGGAUGAGUUUCCCCACUGGGUCCCAUCACUGCACAAUCUCGUUGACGUUAACAUUAUUGGGUCACGACUUAGAAUGGACCAAGUAUAUGGCGUCCUGUGCAAGCUGCCCAUCCUGCAGAGAAUCAACAUGUUGGAGAAUGCCUACGUUGACAAAGAGCUGGUUGCACGUACUACCCAUAACUUUCCGGCGUUGAGGGACCUCUCAGCUAACUGCCGGCAUACCGAAGUGGUCAAAUUUGAGCAUGGGUCCAUGGAUAUGCUCGAGGAGCUUUAUUUGUAUUUGGAUGAUUGCGGGAGGACAAUUGUUGGCAUCCAGCACUUGAAGAAGCUGAAAAGGGUGACGAUCGCUUGCAAUAAACACAAAAAAUCUGCAGCGGAUGAUGUACUGGAUAACCUAAAGAAGGAGAACAAAAGCCGCCACGAGUCCAAUCAGUUACAGUUCACCGUCGGAGUGCAAUACAAUUGAGUCAUCGCUCUCCUCUUGUUGUUGCGAGUUGGUCUUGCUGGGUUUCUAUUAAUUUGUUUACUUAAACACGUACUAUUAUUUUUCAAGUUGUAGUACGGCCUACCAGGUUUUUUGUCCCAUAGUUUGCAUUAGUGUAAACAGUGGGUUUUCCUGGUAUGUAUACCGAACCAGCGUAGUAGUACUCCCUCCGUUAUUAUUUACUCUGCAUAUUAGAGUUGACUGAAGUCAAAUUUCCUAAAGUUUGACCAAGUUUAUAAAAAAGAAUAUAAAUAUUUACCAUAACAAAU